AUGGAACGACCCUCUUCCCCUGUCCCCAGUCUAGAUGUCAGGAAGAAGGUGCACUUUGUUAGUAUACAUGAUGCAGUGAAAGCUGGUGAUGUGAAACAGCUAGCAGAAAUUGUAGAGAGUGGAGUCAACAUUAAUGAGGUUGAUGUCCUCCAUAAAUUUACCCCUUUACAUUGGGCAGCACAUUCUGGAAGUUUGGAGUGUCUUCAUUGGUUGCUGUGGCAUGGGGCUGACAUCACCAGUGUAACCCCAGGAGGUUGGACAGCAGCUCACAUUGCUGCAAUCAGGGGUCAAGAUGCUUGUAUGCAGGCUCUCAUAAUGAAUGGAGCAAACCUUUCUGCUCAGGAUGAUCGUGGAUGCACUCCAUCACACCUUGCUGCAACACAUGGACAUUCUUACACAUUACAAGUUAUGCUCAGAAGCGGAGUGGAUCCCAAUGUUUCUGAUAAGUGUGACUGGAAACCUGUGCAUUAUGCUUCUUUUCACGGGCGCCUAGGCUGUGUGCAACUUCUUGUUAAAUGGGGAGCCAUUAUAGAAGAUGCGGAUCAGAAUGGAAACCUUCCAGUUCAUGUUGCAGCCAUGGAAGGUCACCUUUAUUGUUUUAAGUUCCUACUCAGUAGAAUGAGAAGUGUCAAGCAGGCCUUAAAAGUCUUCAAUGAUAAUGGAGAAAAUGCAAUGGACCUAGCACAGAGAUUCUUCAAAGAUAACAUUGUACAAUUUAUACAGGGGGCUGAAUUUGAAGGAGAUAAUCAAAACAAUCAGGAAAAUUUAGCAUUUCCAGGUCAUGUAGCUACUUAUAAAGGAGAUUUGGAGAUGCUUAAGAAAUUAGUGGAAAAUGGAAUAAUCAAUAUUAAUGAGCGUGAUGAUAAAGAAUCUACUCUUCUUCACAGAGCUGCUGGUCAAGGUCACAUAGAAUGUUUGCAGUGGCUGAUUGAAAUGGGAGCUGAUGUUAACAUUACCAACAAAGAUGGGGAGACUGCAGCUGACACAGCUAAGAAGUUUGCCCAUUUGUCCGCAGUGUCACUUUUAGAGGGGCUGCAGAAAUAUGAAGUUGAAGAAAAUACUGAAAUUGAUGACCAAGAUGUGAAGUUUUUUGAAAGACAUGGUGUCGAAGGAAGCACAGAUGCAAAGGAUGAGUUAUCUCAGAGUGAAGCAGAAAAAACAGAUGCACGAAUAAGAGCUUAUGAAAAGGUUGUAGAAUUGAGACGACUUCUAGAAAUUGCUGAAAGUAACUAUAAACAGCUGGGAGGGAUAUCAGAAGGAGACAUAAGACAGAAGAAAGAAGAGCAAGAGUCUGAAAGGGUGAUCAAAGAACUGCAGGUCCAAUUGGAAGAUGAACGAUUACGAAGAGAGAAGCUGGAGUGUCAGCUGGAUGAAUUCCGAGCAGAGGCCAGUCAUCAUCUAACCCCUAUUGGUCAGAUUCGCCUAAACAAUGUUGUUUCCAUGGAGGAUGAUGCUUCUGACUCAAACAAAGAUAAGAGAAAAGUGAAAAAAAAGAUCACAUCCUCUGGAGGGAUAUUUAUGAGAAGGUCAUAA